UUUACGCUUGCGCCGCUGCUCCCCUCGCAUCACUCUCUCGUUGCUCGUUGUGUGUGCGCGCGCGGCGUCGCCGAUGCCAAGCGAGAGAAGACAUCGCGCCGGCUUGCCGAGGACAGCUUCAGUCGUGUUUUGGCCGACGCCGCGGUGAAAGCGAAAGCGCGAACGAGACCGAGAUCGUCGCGGGUACAGCCGCCGCUUGCCUUUUUUCUUCUUCCUCUCGUCUCUCGUUUCUCGUCUCUCUCUCUCUCUCUCUCUCUCUCUCUCUCUCUCUCUCUCUCUCGCGUGCGCGGAUCGAUCGCGUUGUUGCCGUCGGCGACGGGCCGAGAGGAUGUGCUGGAGUGGAUGGUGCGAGUCGAACCGCUGACGUCGCGGUGGUGCUUGCUGCUUUUACUGCUGCUGCUGUUGCUGUGCUGUAGGCCGGAGCUUUCGUUCUAUUCGGACCGCUGUUGCUGGAAGCUGCAGGCAAGGAGGGAUUGGAGAGAGACUUGAUGUUGGCAGGGCUUCCACGUGCCACAAACAAUCAUCCAAAGCUCGUCGCUCACUCUACUUGUUUACUGGGGUCAUUCUGCCGCCCGAUAAAGUCUUCCAAGUGUAAAACGAGGCGCAGUCUUUCAUCCGAGAUCGUCGACCUUCUCCCGCUGAGGUUGGCCUGGUCGUCGUAGCUGCGGGUCCGCUUCUACUAAACACAGAUGAUGACCGGACGAAGAUCGAGUUGUGGUCUUUUUCAUUCAGCGACGGGGAUGACGACGAGCAGCGAAUCGACCGCCUCUUCUUCUUCUUCUUUUUCCGCAGUGUACGUUGUCAGUGCCAAGAGACGCUGACGAGUGUGCGAGUAGUGGAUGUGUGUCGGUGGAAUAUAGAAGAGAUUCUUUGUGAUAAAAAAAGUGCCAGUGCGCGAGAGGUUUUUCCCUCAGCUUUUUGGGAAGAAGAGAGGAUCGGAGAGUUUAAUGAGGCUAGCGGUUGCUGGAUGAGCCUGAGAACGUCGUCUUUUAUCCACCGAACAAAGGACAAUCCUCCACGAGUAAUCUCCCACUUUCUCACUGUACGAUCCGCAGACCCUAAGAAUCAGCAAGUUGAAGGAGCCGGAGGCGCGGCAGCGAAUAAAGGAAGCAAACGAGCAGAAAGGAAACAAAGAAACAGUUCGCCCAGUCAUGAUCACCUGCUGGGUACUGGUCGGCGCGCUCGGGGCGAUGGUGCUCCUUCACACGCUCUUCGAGGUCCACUACUUCUUGCGCAUGAUCAUCACGGUCUUCCUGGCGCGCUUCUGCAGGAAACGCGUCCACAUACUAGACGAAACUUCCGUCUACGGUCUCUGCACGACGACCGACAUAGACUGGCUGCUCUACCACAUGAACAACGCGCGUUACCUGCGCGAGCUCGACUUUGCCAGGGCGGACUUCUACGAGCGCACGAAUCUCUAUCGCGAGAUCUGCUCGCAGGGCUCGGGUGUGGUACAGGGCGCCUCUACGAUACGCUAUCGCAGGUUCCUCAAGCCGCUCUCGAUCUUCAAGAUCACGUCGAAGAUAAUCUACUGGGACGAGAAGACGAUCUUCAUGGAGCACCGCUUCGUCACGCCGUCGGAUGGCUUCGUGAGGGCGAUCGCGAUAUGUCGGCAGCGGCUGCUCGACUGCAGUGCCGAGGCUGUGAUGGGCGUCCUUAUCGAUCGCGGCGUCAAGCAGAACGGGAGCGUGGAGGCUGGCGUCACGCAGGUACCACACGUGCGACCGGAAAUGCCACUGGAGGUGGCCCGCUGGUUGGAGUGCAACGACAUCUCCUCGGCGAAUCUGCGCCAGCAGGCACCAGCUGCGCCCCAGACACAGUCUCCGGUGCCACCACCGCCUCAGGCGGUAUCGACGCACUGCUGACGACCGGAGGAUCAAGCGGCGAGUUCCGCUCACAAUAAUGCGCCGAACGGCUUCUUCGAUGCCCAGCCAAGCAUGUGCCAGACGACGCUCGUCUGAGCGCUUCCUGUUUACGCGCCUGUGAAGGCUGACCGGUGUGUCGCUGCGUUUAUUAUGUCUUUCUACUGCAGUCCUGUCGGUGUGGAGGGGAUAGGCGGUACUUUGAGAUUUUUCUGGAGGAAUAUAUAAAACGUUGCGAAAAGUUGCGAGUAGAUAAGUUCCGGGUGUGGUCGGGCGAAUUUUUUGUUUUAUUUCGUUUGAGAGUGGAUCGAACGUCGUUGACGUUGGGAAAAAGAGUACAAAUCCAGAGAGGCAUCGAAUUUGUUAUACGCAUUCUAUUUUGAAGGAUCAUGGCCUAGUCGCGUUUGAUUGCCUUUACAAUGAUGGAAACGUUUAGAAUUACAUUCUAGAGUCCCUUUUAUCGAUUACAUCACGAGCGCGCGCUGAUGUCUUCGUGCAGUAAGGCAGAACGCUUGAAAUCAGUCAAGGUUUAAUUUAGAAGGUAUGAGCGGUGAUGGUAAUGAAUGAUCGACAGUGAAAAACCAAUGGUAGGGAAUAAUCAAUCGUUUCACGCAAAUUAAAGUCUGCCGUUCUUUGUUAUUACUGGAAUUUUACGCUGACGUGUAAUAAAGGUCGAACAAAUGCCAACAUUUUGUUUUCCACUCGGAGCAAUUAGUUUUUGAGAUUAGAACAAUAUCAGUAUAAUUGUUCAAGUUUUCACUUAUAAUGCGCAACACUGAUGUAGCUAAUUUAUUGAAAAUCCAUGCCGACAGGACUGAACGUCAAUCGACUAUCUCUAUUUCAAGAAUGAAAUCGCUAGACCAGAAAAUUAAAUUAUAAGGGGGUAAGGCUGUUAUAUACGAAGAGAGGUACUUAAGUAUAAGGGCUUAAGAUAUAUUAUAGAAAAUGUUAUGCGAAAUCGAGGUAGCCGAUUGUUAACUUCUCAAUGCCACGUUUAUUUUAAUUGAAUUUAUUUUAAGAAUAAACGCAUACACGAUGCUCGCAUACAUUUCACUCUGCGAAUGUUGAAGCAUCUAGUGCAUUUACCUUGCAUUUUUCGACUGAAUUGUAAACGAAGCGAUUUCAUAUAUCGCUUUCUCGUUUUCUUAUUUUUGUAUGCGCAAGUAGGCGAAUUUUUUAAGAAGAAAGAAACAAAGACGCGUCCGCCUUUUCGAGCGAUCGAAAAGCGUCGAAACGAAUGGUCCAAUGUUGAGAUAUAUGAUAGUCAGGGCGACAAUCAACGAGAUUCGAUGGAUUGCCUAAAGUGUGCGCCGGUGACAUUGGUUGAGGGAGAUACAACAUAUUAUAUAUUAAAAAUGUUCCAUUUCGUAGUAGCCUUAUUUUUGUGUCCGGUAUAGUCGAGUUACUUAUGGGAAAGUAUACUUUGCGAUUGUUGAGGGUUUAGAGUGUAGUAUGAGUUUCAGUUUCUGUUGAACGUAAGAGCAUAAUUUAUAUGAAUCACUAUUGUAGAAUGAUGAGAGGGGCAUUUUUCGCUAUUAAAAGUAUAUACAAUUGAGUAUUCUUGAAAGUUCUUCGAAAAGCGAAACUUCGCCAGGAAAGUAUUGACAUUCUCAUUAUUAACGAAAGAAAUAUUGUUACUUAUUCUUCUACAUUAUACGUGACGGGAAUCAGGCAUUCAAAAGAGUCAGGGUAUGUAUACUUAAACUAAUCGAGAAAUAUUUUCAUAAGGAACUAUAUCUUCCUCUAUGACGAUUAACUCAUAAAUUGUUGAUUCUUCGUGUGAAAAAAUUUGUAAUGUGCAGCGCUAUGCAUAUUUUGAAUGCUUUUAUACUUCGUUGUUGAGAUCUCUUUGAACUUAAACCUUUUAUUAUAUUUUAUAAAUAUGAUGAGCGAACGGAUUAUGAUUUUAUAUAAUACGUGAAAAUGGCCAAUGUACUUUUACGUUCAUGUAUAUACUGUAUGUACACCUAUAUCUUAUAAAAUUAUUGCUCUUUGAUAACGGAAUAUAAAUACUUAGGUAGGGCUUGGAAAGGACCUUUUGGAUCAUUAUGAUGAUUAAUAAAGUGUAUUAUUUUUAUCUGAUAACAACGAUAAUGAACUUAAAAAAGUAGUCUGAAAAUUUCGAUUAUCAAGCUAUGAUGAGUAAUCAAAAUUUGUCUAUUAUCGUAUAAAUUAUUUUAACUAGUCUAUUAGAAACAUUUAAGAAUUGCUUUUUACAAUUAUUAUUUACGAAUAGUGUUUUUAGAAUACUUGGCAUUCGAAAAAUACUAAGCUCGGGCCAUAUUCAGCCAAAGACUAAGAGUUGCAUUGAUAACUUAGAACAGAAAAAGAAUGAAAAAUGCGAAUUAUAAAUUGCGCAUAAGUACUUAAUGAAAACUUGAAUAAAGUUAUCCUAGAAUAUAAAUCUUAUAUAGCUACAAUCGUUGUUGGACAUUGCUGUUAUACUAUUGGCAUUCAAAUAUUUAGAUUCCAUAUAUUUUCUUCAUUUGUGAUCUUCUAAAUACAAAGUAAAUUACGAGUGUCUUGAUGACGACUCCUUUACGCUUGAAUUUUUUGUUCGACAGUUGAUCAAGCUUAAACAAAUUUCAUAAGUAUUCUGUAAUGUCUAGCACUCGUUUAAAUCAUUAUAAUAUAAUGAUUUUUGAGCAUUAUGUUAAAUAAUAUUACGUUUUAAUGUAAUAUCAAAAUUAUCCAGGUUAUUUACCUAUGCUGUGAAUUUUUAACAUUACCUACGUUCCGUCAUCACGUAAAAGCAUUUUGUAUGCGAGUUGAUCGCUUGAAUUAUAUGUUAUACUAUAUCGAUAAAUAAAUGCCUACGCAUUA